UAUUUUAUUUUUAAUAUAAAAUAGUGUUUGGAGUAGAAAGGUUGUAAUAUAUGUGUUCAUUCUAUAGCAAAGUAAGCAAUAUAUAGAAUAGUCAAUUUAUUUUGUUGUCUAUCAUUUUAUUUUUUCUUUCAAAAUAGAAUAACUCUAUAAUCUUACAAUACUAAAAAUUCUUAAUAUUGAAAGGAGGAGGUAUCUACGUCAGUUUAAAAAAAUCAACCAUUAAAACCAUGCCACGUCAAUUAGAUAAUCCACAUCAGCAGCUCUGGCUUCAUCUUCUUUUCACGACUUUUGUAAUCCCUCGAUUCGCCUUCUUGGCUGUUUGCCAUAUGAUUUCUCUUCUCCAAGCUCUCUCAUUCCCUCUUCGUCUUCCUCUCUCUCACAAACUAAAAAAACCACAACAUCAACAAUCGAUCUCUGAUUUCCCUUUUCUCCCACUACCAGCUGAUGCCGCCUUUCAAAUCCUCAAUAACCCUCAGAUGGACACUUCCUAUAGGCCGAGCUUGGUGGAAGGAAACGGCUCGAAUACUCAGGUUCUACCAGUCUCUGGCUCUGACAUAUUCUUGCUACAUGGAGCCGUAAUGUCGUUGGUAUAUUUCUAUUUUUGGUUAUGAAUGAUGGGUUUGAUUAAUGUUAAUGUUUCGUUAUCUAUGCAAAAUUAGUUCGUUGAUUGAUUUGGAUUCCGAAGAUGAGGUGUUGCGAAUGGAUUCAGAAACCACAAAUAGCAUGUGCUAUACAUCUCUCCUUACAGAUGCCUUGGACUCUAUAAAUUUAAGUUAUGCACUACUGUCUAUUUGCCACUCUUUUUUCUCUUUGCCGAUAUUCUUUUUUCCACUUUUGAUUCAAUGAAGCUCUAAAAUUUUAUUCCUUCUUUCUUUUCUUUUGUUUAAUGUCAUUCUCCUAUGAAGUUAUGGCUGAGGAUCCCGCUGGUGCAGUAUGACGGUGAUUCAAAGGAUGCCACUACCACAAAGAGUCUAGUAAGACGACUACACUACCCUCCUAAACUUCACUUGAAUGUUGGAUGAGAGUCUGUCAGGACAGCCAUUAUAAGCACUGAUGUAAGUCUCUCACCCUUUCACCACAUCGCUAUAAACUCAAUUUUGAAGCUAUAAACUCAAUUUUGAAGCCUUGUGAUUUGGUGUAUAUACAUACUUUGCGCGCCAUGUGGUUUGGAUUCCUCUCUAAUUGCUUUUCGAAUUUGUGUUUGUUUAUUAUGUCUCUCCAAGAUACAUAUGUCAACGGAAAUUAACUCUCUACUGAGAGAUUAACUAGAAUUGAUUAAUUUGGUCAUAUGAUUUUAGGUACAAGCCUGAGGUUGGGGAUAUUGUGGUAGCCUGGUAGGCCGUGUCAUUUAGGGUGGUAUUAGUGUGUUGGAUUUUGAAAUUGGAUUGAGAAAUUAGCAGUUUAGCAAAAAGGGUUUCAGCAGACUCUGGCACAGACUAUCAGAGAGUUUAAACUUCAAUUUUAUUUACUUACAAUUCAAGUAGUGUGAAUGUCACGUGUUCUUUAAUCCUUUUGCAGCCUUUUCUUCUUCCAAUCCAUAUUUCAAAAAGCAUUACAUGCAGCUGAUAGAACAUAGGCCAGUCAAUGGAUGGCUGUGUCUUGCUAAAAUCACCUCAGCAACAUCGUAAUUUUUCCUUAAACACUGAUAUACACAACAUUGAGUGACGGAAAAUAUCUCUUUUUCUCUCUUCUCUCUCCUCCCCUUUCCUGGUUUUCCUUGGUACAGUGCUCUAGUUUUCAAUGGAAGGAGGUACCUCAAUCCCGCAAGCCGCUGACCCCCCUGAUCCUGGAUCUGAACUGCAAAGCUCUGGAUCUCCUCUUCAUCCAUCCCAGUUUUCCCCUCUCCCCCAAUCUCCUGAUGCUUAUAAAGCUCAGUUUUCUUCUCCACCAUGCCCUACUUCCCCAUGGGUAUUUAAGAAAACAAACUCUCCAUCGUUGGACUUGGGUCCACUGGAUGUUAACAUGGUCAACUUGUAAUCAACUUCUACGACCAUGGAGAUCUCUCCUGUUGCGGCGGCUCUGGAAACUCCUCCAAAAAGUCACAAACAGUUGCAAAUACUACCUUCUCUAAAGAGUAAGGAAUUGGAUACUAUCUCAGCUCAGUAUACUACCCUCUCAGCAAAGUCUAAAGGGAUUUCUCCUGCAGCAACCAAUCCAACUAAUACUGUAGCAAACCCUAAUGCUAUAACUGUUCACCGUCGGCCUAGAUCUGAGGUUAUAGCAGAAGAUACUCAUCAAGGUCACACUCCAUCACUAGAUGUGCCAAAGCAGGGUGUUCCCCCCCAAAGUAAAUCUCAAACCUCUGGAUUUACUGGUCCGGCAAAAGAAAUCCUGUCCCGACAGGAAACUCACACAGUCCACCAAGGAAAUCUUCCUCAGCUGAUGCUCCUCCUAGGCCCCCUCCCUCGUCUUCCUCUUACGCUGGCAAAGCUAAAAUGGGGACGGACAGGUCUCUGGAGAGGCUCGCUCCCUUACCAUUCAAUGAUAAAGGGGUUCCUCAAGUUAAGAUCCCUGAUGUGGUUUUUAAUAGAGGUGCAGAGGCACAUAAAGACAUCGUUCUGGGUGUCUUCACUGGAAAGACCCCUUCUUACAGCCAGAUUCAAAGCGUCCUCACGCACAUAUGGGGAAAGGGUUCAAAACUGGUGAUUCACCUUAGGCCUGCUUCUAACUCAAUGUUGGUGAAAAUCCCCAAUGACUUUAUUAGACAGAAGGUUGUCAAACAAGAAAUUUGGCACAUUGGCUCCUCUAUGUUCUUUGUAGCGCAGUGGAGUGCUAACUUCGCCAUCAACCCUCCUACAAUGGACUCGAUCCCCCUCUGGGCUCAUGUCAGGGGUGUUCCCUUUGACCUCUACAUGAAAGAAGGGCUGAGCUUAGUGGCUGGACUGAUAGGGCAACCGGUGGAGGCUGACGAAUUCACAAUCCGCAUGGUCAGUCUCGAAGUGGCCCACUUGAAAGUGAGAGCGGACUGUACUAAACCGCUACCUCCUGUGGUUGAACUCUUAAGAGAUGAUGGUUCUAUCAUUCCCGUUUCAGUCACCUAACCUUGGACCCCUCCAUCGUGUGUUUGCUGCAAAAGGCUUGGCCAUCUUGAGAACCGUUGCCCAAAUGCCAAGUGGGCACCUGCCUCAAAGGUUCCCCCUCCAUAUUCUGACCCUGAUACUGGUUCCGGCUUGCCUAAUCUCAAUCAAGAAAGCUCUUCUAAUAGCAAUCCCACGAUGGCGACUCCCUCAAAAUCUAGGAGGAAAGCUAAGUCUAAACUCAACCCUGCUGCCGUCUUGGAUCCUUCUGCAUUAUCCAAGACUGCUCCUGGUUCUGUCUCCACAUCUUUUCAGGCAGCUCCAACUGAUUCCCCUGCUAAUAGCGCUCCUGCUGGACCCCUCCAGAUGGUUAUGUUGAAUCAAGACUCCCAAGCUGCAAUCAUCCCAUAUGCGUCAGGGGUCGGACCUUCUGAGGGAAAACCUUUCAUCAAUAGUGCUUCUAAGAAACGUAAGGGAUCCCACUUGUCUAAAAGAUCAUCUCCAGAUCCUAUAGGAGGGGAUUCUAUUCCAAGUUUAUUCACUGAGCUGUCUUUGGUUAAUCCUUUCGCUAUACUGGAAACCCGGAAUCUCGGGUGCCAUAACGCUUCUACCUUCUCUUUCAACAGCAAGGAACCUGAUGGAGACAUGGGUAUUUCAAUCCCUGAUUCAGACAGCUUCGCAAACUCCCAUGAAUCUUCUACCCCUGCUAAGGGCUCUCCUCCUCCUGGGGAAGAAAAUUUUCAAAAUUUUAAUGUCAGUAAACAUCUCUUUUUGGAAUGUCAGGGGAAUAAAUGAUAAUAAAAAGCACCCUGCUUUUUCGCAUUGGCUUAUUAGUAAUAAAAUAACUAUCGGCGCAAUUUUGGAGACUCAUAUAAAAGAG